UCUCUGCUUCGAGCUCUGACAUCAUUCAGGCGCAGACUCGCACGUUGAUAAAACGUUGAUCAAGUGUUUUACUCUUUAAAAAAAUCUAGUAAUAUUAAAACAAAAUGGUGCCUGUAACAAUAGCAGAACCCGCUGUUCGUACGUUUAUAUUCUACUCCGGCGUAUUGGGUGCGAAAAUGUUGCUCAUGUCAUUUUUAACUGCGAGGCAAAGAUACAGGAAAAACGUAUUCGCCAACGAGGAGGACGCAAAGGCAAAGAAGGGGAUCGUGAAGUAUGACGACCCAGACGUCGAGAGAGUUCGGCGGGCGCAUUUGAAUGACCUUGAGAAUAUUCCUGUGUUCUGGGUCCUGGGAGCAUUGUACUUGACGACCGGUCCAUCUGCAGCUACGGCAAUCACGUUGUUCCGGGUGUACGCCGCUGGUCGCAUUUUACACACAAUAGUGUAUGCUGUCACACCUAUACGUCAACCGGCUCGGGCCAUCGCAUUUGGAAUACCUAUGUUUGUCUCGCUGUUCAUGGGGGCAAAGGUUGCAACACAUUACUUGGCAGAUAUGUAAAUAUAUCAUGUAGGUACUUGAAAACGGUCAAGCAGCAUUUAUAAAACAUGUGAUUUGUGAUAAUAUGUGAAGUUUUAUUAUUGUGCUUUAUUCUAUAAUGCCUUAGAAUUUCAUAGACCUAAGAUUCUAGAUUUCUAUAACUAAGAUAUUUUUUUUUUAUAUUAUUAGUUAUUAAAUGUUGUGUUUAUCA